UUUUGCUGCCCUCUCGUGGCCACGUUUCUCUUAGCCUACUUGUUGCGAUUUUGCACUGGCCAAAACAGUUAGCCGUUAGCUAGCUACGGCUAGCGUCUCAGUUAUCGAGCAGGAGCAGUAUCGCAGAGAAACUAGUGCUCCGUCCACACACCAAUGACAGGGACUCUGAACUUCCCAACAUGCGCCAGGAUAUCGUCUGAUAUUUGGCUCGGGGGUUCUUCUCGUCAUUAUCGCCGCCGUUUUGUGGAGCUAUCUGAGAUUUGAAGAGCGCAGUGACUUAGCAAACUCUCGGCUAUGGAUCCCGAGCGACAGAAACGACGAGAGGAGAUCCAGAAAGCAAUGAGCUUUAUCCAGUCGUCGUUGCCUUUCCCAGAGCCAGAGAGUUAUGAGGCUUUUCUGACCCAGCUGGUGUGUAACCUGCUGGAUGAAGGUAACUCCUGCUUCAGGGAUGGAGACUGGCGCCAGGCCACCCAGCAGUAUGGGGAGGGAAUCAGUGUUGCCCGCUAUGCCCAGGCGGAGGCCCUUGUCAUCCCCCAUGAGCUGCUGGAGAGCUUGUAUGUCAACAGGGCCGCUGCAUACUACCAGAUGAGGGAAUAUGAUCGCGGUGUUCAGGACUGUGACAGUGCAUUGUGCGUGUCAGAGGGCAGUCGCAGGGCUUUGUACCGCAAAGCAAUCUGUCUAAGGGAGUUGGGACGAUUCAGAGAGGCCUACGAGUGUGGAACCAAAUGUCUACUCACAGCUCCACAUGACCGACAAGUCAGCGAGCUUGCUCAGGAUCUGGCCAAUAAGCUGGGUCUGAAGGGUCGUAAAGCCUACAUCAGCCCUCAGACAGAGUCCACACCCACAGAAGGGGAGAGUCAUGGGGAGACUUCUCCACCUACGGGAGAGAUUUCUUCAAAUGGGUUGGAAUUUCUGGGAGAUAUUGGACAAGACCUGUCCAGUGCACAGUGCAUCCCUGCUCCUUUGGCUACACCUAUCCCAGUGAGUGACGAACCCGCAAGUCCUGUUGUAACCUCAUGUACUGACCUGUCAGAGAGCCCCAGCAGCCAGGCCCUGCCUCCCAUGCCGUACUCCGUUCCAGUGUCUGAGCACAUGGACGAAUGCAGCAGCGCUAUGAAAGACCAACUAGACAGUCUUCUGGAAUGCAUUCCCAAGAAAGUCAGUGAGAGUCCAGUCCAGGGUGCCAUUCCCACCAACCUUCCCAACACUGCCGUUGGUCUCCGGCCUCCAUACUCCCCUAACCUUCCAGCCCCAUCGCCACAGCUCCCCUCAGCUUUCUUCAGCUCCUCCCUCAGUGAUUUAAAUGCUCUGGAGCCUUAUGCGCAGCUGUCCCAGCGAGACCAGGGCUCCACCCAGGCGCAGGACGCACUGGAAGGGUUUUCCACAGGAGCUAUGGAUGGAGAAGGGAAGGCAGGCGUCAUUGCUGGUGGGCUAGACUCGUUGUCUGAGUACACUCUCCCUGGUGAGCUAAGUGGGGGACGAGUGUGUCACAGCUUUAUUCCUGGAAUGCGCAACCACAGUACUACACAUGCAAAUGGUCCAGCAGGAACCAACCUCUCCCUGCUCUCAAGGAAUCCUCUGGCAGCCACACAUGAGUUUCGCCAGGCAUGUCAUGCCUGUUACAGUCGAAUAGGUCCACGGGUGAUGGACUAUAAGUAUCAGCCGGAGGCAGCACACCGCUGCAAGAGAGAUGUGCUGCUAUGCCGUCUGAAAAACACAGAUGACCCCACCUGGAAAAGGAUCCGGCCACGACCUGCACGAAACAACUUCCUGGGAGCAUUUGUCCUGUGUAAAGAGGUGCAGGAGCGUCAGGAGUGCCAGUAUGGCGAAAACUGUACGUUCGCCUACUGCCAGGAGGAGAUUGACGUGUGGACGCAGGAAAGAAAGGGAGCGCUGAGCCGAGAGCUGCUUUUCGACCCGCUGGGCAGCACAGAGAGGCGGGCUCUCAGUGUCACUAGGCUGCUGCAGCUUCAUAUGGGCAUGUUUAUGUUCCUCUGUGAGGAAUGUUUUGACAGUAAGCCUCGUAUUAUCAGCAAACGCAGCAAAGAAAACUUAGCAGUCUGUUCAAACCUCACCGCUCGACAUCCAUUCGACGAUAACAAGUGCCUGGUGCAUGUCGUGAGGUCUGCCAAUGUACGCUACAGUAAGGUGCGUUCCCUGCACCCUCUCUGCCAGUUCGAUGUGUGUCGUCACGAGGUUCGGUACGGCUGCCAGCGGGAGGACAGCUGCUCAUUUGCACACUCUGUCAUUGAGCUCAAAUGCUGGGUUCUACAGCAGGAUACUGGCAUCACCCAUGAAGAGAUGGUGCAGGAAUCCAAGAGGCACUGGCAAAGGCUGGAGCAGAACGCGCAGAAGCAGCAAAAGCCAAUCCAUACACCUCAUCCGAACAGCAGCUUACCUCCCGGAGGAGUCAUGGGAAUGGGAGGUGGGGUUGGGGGAGCUGGGGGCGAUGGCUUGGGUGGUGGCGUAAGCCCAGUGGGAGGGUUAGGAGCAGUAGCUGGACGCGGAAGACCUCUCAACUUAAAAAUGAAGUUUGUUUGCGGCCAGUGCUGGAGAGAAGGGCAGGUGAACGAGCCCGACAAGAACCUCAAGUACUGCACUGCCAAAGCACGGCACAGCUGGACAAAGGAGCGCCGUGUUCUGCUAGUGAAGUCGUUUGAGAAAAAGAAGUGGGUUGUUGUUCGGCCUCUGCCCUUCUCUCGUACCUAUCCACAGCAAUAUGAUAUGUGUGUCCAUGUAAUGAAGCAGAAGAAGUGCCACUACAUUGGAAACUGCUCAUUUGCCCACAGUCUGGAAGAGAGGGAUGUCUGGACAUACAUGAAAAAUAACAACUUAAGAGACAUGCAGCAGAUGUAUGAACUGUGGCUACAGCUCACUAAUCAGAGCAGACGCACAGAUAGCUCUGCUGUCACGCCGCCUCCGGAGGACAAGCAAGUCACCAUAUCUGCAGAUUACACAGAAAGCAUGGGAGGCCGGCGGCUGUCCGACGGCGACGACCUCUGAGUGUUGCUAAGUCCAGGCCUGCCACACCAGCUACAAGUGAACAGUCUCUCAACUCACCAGUGUGACCUCUAAUGCAUCUUGCCAGCAGAGAGCAGUUGGAUGCACAGCAGAAAAGUUAACCCCACCCCAAUAUACACACACACACGCAAUAACAUACACUCCACACACAACUCACAGGCACCGAUGAACAUAAAACAAAAGCUUUGUUAGUAAAACAUGAUUAGCUUUAGUAUUUUGGUUUAUAACAUGUUGCAGUAGCACCUUUUUUAGGUUUCCAUCCAGCAGAGGAUAUUGCAGAAACUCCACUGAGAACUAGCUUCACUCUGCCGACAAUAAUCAACUAGUAUUCCCAAGUCCUUUUUGGACUGAGCAAAGGUGUCCACCAGGUGCCUCUUUUAGCCCACACAGCACUGACACAAUAGUCGUAUGGGUGCGCUGGUCGCAGCUCGUAUACAGUGCUUGGUGAGAACUUAAAACGUAGCACUCUCACACACAAGGUCGAUAUUUUAAAAAUGGAGUGCAAAGAAUACCAAGCUCGCAGUGUUGUAGACAGUCACAACAAAAGAAACUAGGUAAAAGAGGUUCUUGAAGGACACUGCUCUAAAAGAUGUUAAAACCAAAUUGUAAUCUCCCUCCUUCAUGGGAUUAAAGUGAGAGGAGUACGUUUUCUGGAGAUUAAUCACUUUGAGUGUAAUUUUUUUUCUAAGAGGAUUUACUUCCUUGUUAUAUUUUCUGCCAUAUUGGUAGAACGUUAUGAAUGUAACGCCUGAAUGGGCCUUAAAACAGUGAAAUUAGUCAUCAAUUAGUCAAAUCGUUGCGGUGGUAAAGUUACAUGCCCAAAACUUGCAACGUUAGUUUCCUCCCUUUCUCGUCUUUAUUGAUAGUAACAGCUCCGUUGACAGCUGAUUUUCUAUUCCUGCUUGCCAACAGUUCCUGCAUGGGACUAGCACAGACGCAUAAUACAAUAAUGGUUCACGUUGUCAGAAGAUAAUCUUCUAAUAUCCGUAUGUUAAGGUACAACAAACUAGUGGCUUGAAGUCUUGCCAAAGUAACCAAGCAGCUAUUUGCUGCUCUUUGAAAUCUGACAGAUGUGGCAAUGUAGGAGGAGGCUAGAUUAAUAACGACUGCAGCACUCAUACAGACUCUGGGCUGGAGCUUCUCUCAGUAAUGGGUCCAUUCAGACCACAGACGCCAUUAGGAAAUGAUGACCUGACCCAGAUUGAUGCAAAGUGAAAACACUUUUUAGUUUUGGGGGAAAGUACUAGUAAGUAUUAUGAAUGUUCCAUUUUUGUGACAAUUAAGAAUAUAUAAUAAUUUUGGUGUGGGCAAGUUGCCACUUCUUCAGUUGAACUGGGGUCAUUUUUUCACUGAAAACCAACGAUGCUCAGCCUUUAAAUGGAAACCUGUUUUUCUUGUAAGCACCCAAAGUUCCCCUCCCCCACCCCGAUGGUUAAUAGCAGCCCCUAACAUAAACUUCUAGCUUAAAAUGGGAAACAAAUUCGCACCACACAUUGUGCCUAUAAACAACACAUACAUGCGCACACACACGCACACAGACAGAGGCAGGAUAUCCGUUGCCAUCUUAUUGUAGCCUUUAUUGUGGAUGGAGGUAUGUCUAUAUUCAGAUAUGUAUACAUGCAUAUUAUACAUAUUUUCAAAUAUUGCUAUACUACUAUACUACUACUAAUAAUUGAUAACUUAGCGGUUAAGCUUAAUAAAUAUAUAACCUGACAACCUGUAUUGAUUACAUAGAAAAACUUCUUGUAACUGAGGUAUUGCUAUAUGAGAUGUAUUGCUGAUCUAGAUGAGUAUAGUGGAUUUUUUUUUUAUUCUUUUAUUUUGUAAUUUUUCCUUCUGUGUGGUUGUCCCAGACAGGGGUUUGUGUGACAGAUUGCAGCGGAGCUUGAUUUGAUUUUGCAGACUAAAGAGCGGAAAGGAGGGGGUUUAGUUUUCUAGUUUACUACUUCCUCAGAGCAGCAACUAAACAGAAAUGGCAGAAUAGCAUCUAGAAUCAAAUUUCCUUUACGGUAUAUAAAUUUGCAGAGUGGCUGCACUAUAUGUUUUAUAUAUUUAUUUAGUUGGUUGGUUGGUUGGUUGGUUCAGCAUAUAACAUCCCAGAUUCGUAAAUUACACUCAGGCAUUAAUAAAACCUGUGUCAAAUGUAAAAAAACUUGAAACGUGCUGAAAGAAGAAUAGUCUGCAUUUCCCACGCUUCAGAUGCAGUGAUGAACAAGUAAUGGAAUGUAGUUGUGAUAUCAAAGGCUACAGUGACCUUAUAUUCCAGCUAAGUCAGAUCUCAGAUCUGUUCACUUUACUGCCAUUUGAUAAUGUCAUUAUGAAGCCUUGUCUGGAACAACCCAGGUAUUAGCCUAUUUGAGGGAUUGUAUUACUACUACUCCUAGUAUUAUGAAUAUGAUUACAGUAAUUAUUGCUAUCUAUUGACUAUUUCUCUUCUAUAUGCUAUUGAUAUAGUACGUAUGUUAAUUGCAAUGUAUAACUCUCUCUUUAUAUAUGUAUCCAUGUACAAAUAUAAUAAUUUACAGUAAAUAUGCAUCUGUGUAUGCAGCAGAGCCUGGCUCUUUCUGGGAGGCAGUGAGCAGACAACAUCCAGCCUCAGAUCAUUACUGUGAGGUUAGUUCAAGGUGUUUUACACAUGAUUGUGGACCUGACUGCUGGAAAUGUUGUCUGAGCGCCCAGCCAGAAACAAGAGAUAUCAUGGAUAAGUCAGGUACAUAUUCUGUAACCUGGUGUGUUUGUUGACCUGGAUCUGGCGCUCUCUGCUCACUGCCUGUGCUUUGUAUUUUUGUUUCAAGUUGUUUACCAGACAGGAGGACAGCUGUUGAACCAUAAGCAUACAUGGAGGCCUAUAUACUCUCGUAUAGCGCCUUAUUCUAUAUAUUACACCUAUAAGGUAAUACAUACCCAUUAUUGUAUAAUCCUGCUUACUAUUAACUGUAUAAGAUACCUGAUACCUAUUAUAAUAUGUAGACACCCUUUAUAAGGUAACUUAGAUAAGAAAUGGUGGACCUGUUUUUUUUUAUUGUGGCUGUGAAAAAGUUUGCUGUGGUCAGUAAUGUGUUUCCAUCUUGUUUUCCCAGGGUUUGAAAAGAAUAUAUUGGAAUGUGACUCACUUAAAUGCUCUGUUCACCUAAUAUCGCUUCAGGAUAUUCGACAGCUGUAAUAAAAAAACAACUUAAAGGUACAAUGCUUCCAUUUGGCCACGCUUAACAGUGACUGUGCCAGCUGUAAAUGCCUUCUUGACGUGAAAAUAUUUGGCACAAACAGAGCAUUUAAGGAGAGGCUCCCGUUCCAUUGAUGAUGUAACUGGCCCACAUGGAGAAAAAAAAAAGAAAACUGGUUAAUUGUGGUGCAUGUUCUGUGUUUAAGGCAGGUGAUUUAUGACACAAAUGAAGAAGGGGAGGCAGGCUAAGACUUGGUUAUCACUGGAGUUCAAAUUACAUAACUUGACCUUUAAACCUCUCAAAGGGUUCAAAGUGCCGCAGACCAACUUUCUACAAUAACUAUUCAUUCAUUGUUAUAGCCCUCAGGUGCUGGAGGCUUUAGUCAGUGUUACUGCUGUGGUUCGUCUAUUCUAGUUGAAGCAGACUUAACACAGUGCAAUUAGUUUCAUAUUUUUUUAAUAUCAUAUUUGCUCUGUGAAUAUAGAGAAAAAACAUUUCUUUGGUUAUUUUUAUUUAUUAUUUAAGAGAUGCAUGGCUAAAAGGUUAUCUGUUCUGGGUUUUUGCAUCAGUUCUAGGUUUUCAACUGUGAAACAAGGUUCCAGUGAAAAAAUGUGAAUGUGACUCAAGUCCUCCUCCAUCAACUCUCUUCCUCGUCCUGCCCCUGAUGCAGUUUGUGUCAUUUCGUCUGGGUUACCAACACAGCCACAACAAAAAUGUUAUGAAUCGGUUUAGAAAAAUUAUUGGUUAUUUGUUUUCAGCAACCGGGAUAAAGAAACCAGGGUUGUAAGAAGUGAAAAAAUAAGGCCUCUUUUUGUACUGUAUUUUUCUUUUUUUUUUUUUACAUUUUGUUGUUUCAUUUUUAGUUUAACUUCUUGACUUUGGUUUCUCUUUUCUCCUCCCUGGUUGGAAGUUCAUGAUCAUGGACCAAAUCUCUUGAAUUUAAUAAAUAAACCGAAUGUUUUAGAAAAAGAA